CCUAUGCUACGACCACUGCAGGGAUGGAUGUAGUAGAUUGCAUUUUUGAUGAGCUAGGUUUUUGGAUCCCUUGUGCAGAGAUCGUGCAGGUCACUGAGCCCCUAGUAGUUCUCCUACGAGUUGUUGAUGGGGAGAAGCCCGCUAUGGGCUACAUAUAUGAGGGCAUGGAUAGGGCCAAGGAGGCCAUUAGAUCCAUAUAUGUUGGAGUUGAGGAUAAGUAUAGGCCCAUUUGGGACAUAAUUGAUAGAAGAUGGCAUAACCAACUUCAUAGGCCCAUCCAUGCAGCAGCUUAUUACCUCAAUCCAUCAUUUUGUUUCCGUGCUGAUUUCAAAGCGGAUGAGGAGGUUCUUAGCGGGCUAUAUUCAGUAGUACAACGGAUGGUCACUGAUACCACAGCUACACUUCUUGAGAUGGAUGCAUUUAAUAAUGCAUCAGGGGCAAUCUUUGCCAGCCAAUUGUGUAAAGAAGGUCAGACAAAAUUGCAGCCAGAUAGAUGGUGGCAAAUGUUUGGGCCUUCAACCCCAAACCUUCAAAAAAUUGCCAUCCGCAUAUUGAGCCAGCCAUGCAGCGCUUUUGGAUGUGAGCGCAACUGGAGCAUGUUCGAGCACAUCCACUCAAAGAGGCGAAAUAGAUUGUCUGUGGAGAGGUUGAAUGAUCUAGUCUUUGUUCAUUACAACCUCCGUCUCAGGACCAGACAGAUUUUGGACGAUGACUCCUCUCCGAUCACUCUAGAGGAAGUCGACCCCGAGUCCGAUUGGCUCACUGAGUCCACCGAUCCAGUCUUCACUGAUGAGGACCUUGAGUGGGUUGACCAGGCAAACAGAGAGGCUGAGGCUGCGACUAUGGCAGAGGAGGAGGAUAGAGCACGAUCAGGCACAACACCUAUGGCUACUUAGACUGGCACAUCACAGGCAGAGACUAUGGCUACUCAGUCAUCCAGGACCUACCUUAGACGCCUUUGUAGGAGGCAGAUAGACGAGGCUGAGCCAGAGCCUGAGCCAUAGACUUGUUUUUUUUUACACUUUACAGUUAGAUAUAUGUUUGGGAACAUUUGUAGUCAUGGAUUUUAUAUUAUACAUUGGACAACAUUUAUAACUCUAUAUAUCUAUGUUUUCUAAUUCCUUCAGCUACAA